GACAGGUUCAAUUUCCGAACCUUUCGGUGGUUACAGAUGAUGAUUUUCACAAUUGAAGAAAUAAAUAAAGAUCAAGAACUACUCCCGAACAUAACGUUGGGCUACAGCAUCUACGAUAACUGUCGUAAGGUCCCACAAGCUGUCCGAACGGCAGUCACGCUUCUCAAUGGAGUGGAUGACUUGUUUGACAAUGACAAAUGUACAGGAUCACCUCCCAUUUCUGCAAUCAUUGGUGCUGCCCGAUCAACCCAUUCUAUGAUCAUUGGAAGAAUUGCCGGACUGUUCAGUAUCCCUGUGGUCAGUUACUCUUCAUCAUGUCCAUGCCUUAGUGACAAAAGAGAGUUCCCCUCGUUUUUCAGGACAAUACCCAGUGACAGCUUUCAAGCCAAAGCCAUGGCCCAACUCGUCAAACAUUUUGGUUGGACCUGGAUUGGGUCCAUUGCAACUCAAGACGAUUACGGUCAAUAUUUAGUUCAGUCAUUCAACAAACAAGUGCAGGAAUACGGUGCCUGCCUCGCCUUUACAGAGGCGAUUCCAAAGAUAAAUUCUCAACAAAAGAUACUGAAGAUUGUAGACACCAUCAAAAAAUCCACUGCAAAGGUUAUUGUGCUGUUUGCCGGUGUAGGUGAUAUUAUUGCUCUAGCUGACGAAAUUGUGCGUCACAAUAUCACUGACAGACAGUGGAUAGCGAGCGAGACCUGGAGUACAGCUGCCAUGCUGGCUACUAAAGAGAACUUUGGAUCAUUUGGUGGAACAAUAGGAUUUGCCUUUCGUAAAGGUGAAAUCCCAGGUUUCAGAGAAUUUCUUCUUAAGGUCCGUCCAUCCUCACCCCCUGGUAAUGGGUUGAUAAACAGAUUCUGGGAAGAAUUGUUCGGAUGCGCUUUGAAUGCACCGGAUGUGACUUCUGGACAUACUUCAACAAACACUCUUUCUAAACCCGUGUGCACAGGACAAGAGGAUUUGGAGAAAAUUAAUACAAUAUAUACUGAUGUAUCACAGCUAAGAGUGACAUACAAUGUUUACAAAGCAGUGUACGCUUUAGCUCAUUCACUUCACAGUUUACUGCUAUGUGAAAAUGAUAAAGGACCGUUUGCGGACAAAACUUGUGCAAACAAUUUAAACUUUGAACCGUGGCAGCUUCUGCACUACCUGAAAGAAGUUAAAUUUACAAAUCGUUUGGGAGAGAAGGUGUAUUUUGAUGAAAAUGGGGAUCCUAUUGCAUCGUACGACAUCAUGAACUGGCAAAUGGAUGCAAAUGGCUCUGUGAACAUUCUAAAUGUCGGACUUUUUGAUGCUUCAGCAGCACUUGGGCAGGAACUUCUAAUCAAUGAAAAGACCAUUAGUUGGAUUGGUCAACAAAAACAGGUUCCGCACUCAGUCUGCAGUGAAAGCUGUCUGCCUGGUACAAGGAAAGCAGCAAAGAAAGAGCAGCCUAUAUGUUGCUUUGACUGUUUACAAUGUGCUGACGGAGAAAUUAGUAAUCAAACAGAUUCUGUUCAAUGCUUGAAAUGCCCAAUAGAUUAUUGGUCCAACCAGGGAAGAGACCAGUGUGUUUUGAAGGAAGUGGAAUUUCUUUCAUUUGAAGGUACUCUGGGCAUCAUAUUAGCCUCUGUAGCACUGAUUGGAGCCUGUAUAACAAUCUGUGUUUUUGCCAUUUUUCUUCAUUACCGAAACACCCCUAUUGUCAGAGCUAAUAACAUGGAGCUGAGUUUCCUCCUGUUGGGGUCACUGGUUCUGUGUUUCCUGUGCUCACUGUUUUACAUCGGCCGACCAUCGCUGUGGUCCUGUGUGUUGCGACACACUGUGUUUGGGGUUAGCUUUGCUCUGUGUAUCUCCUGCAUUCUCGGCAAAACUAUUGUUGUGUUGAUGGCCUUUAGUGCAACACUACCCAACAACAACAUGAUGAAGUACUUUGGUCCCCUCCAGCAAACAGCCAGUGUUUUGGCGUGUACCAUCCUUCAAGUCAUAAUCUGUGUUAUAUGGCUGAUCACGUCACCUCCAUUUCCCACAAAAAACACUGAGCACCAAAAGGCAAAGGUUAUCCUGGAGUGUAAUGUGGGGUCUGUGGCAGCGUUCUGUUGUGUGUUGGGUUACAUCGGCUUGCUGGCCAGCGUAAGUUUUGUCUUAGCAUUUCUAGCGCGAAAGCUACCGGACAAUUUCAACGAAGCUAAGUUCAUCACCUUCAGCAUGCUGAUCUUCUGUGCAGUUUGGAUCACCUUCAUUCCAGCUUACAUUAGCUCACCUGGUAAAUACACCGUCGCUGUUGAAGUCUUUGCAAUCUUAUCUUCAAGCUUUGGUUUGAUCGCCUGCAACUUUGCUCCCAAAUGUUACGUUAUUUUGUUGAGGCCCGAGGAGAACACAAAGAAGCAUCUGAUGGGGCGAGCAGGUCCAGGGAAGACAUGAACAACAUGAUUCUCUUUGUAAAUGUCAAUCAUUUCAUGCAUCAGUUUACUCAGCUCAAAUUGACUGGGAAUUUCUAUUAGAGUUUUAUGUAGGUUGAUUGGUUGAAAAAAACAGUGUAACAAGAUAAGUGUAAUAGUUCCAUCAAUAAAAGUAAUU